AUGCCUUUCUCCAUGGGGAUUUGGAUGAAGAGUAAUGAUGUAGAUGCAAUCAAUAUCUUCAAGCAAUUCCUAGACAAUAAGUUCAAACACAAGGACUUAGGUACUUUGAAGUAUUUUCUAGGUCUUGAGGUUGCUAGAAACACCAAAGGACUAUCAUUAUGCCAGAGAAAGUAUACUUUAGAGCUUCUAUCUGAGAUUGGUUUAUUGGCAAGCAAGCCUGCCAACAUCCCAAUGGAGCAAUUUGCCAAGUUCAGCAAUUCUAUUGGUGAAGAUGUUCCUGAUCCAGCUCUUUAUAGAAGAUUAAUAGGAAAGUUGCUAUACUUGACACUCACAUGGCCUAACAUUUGCUAUGCAGUACAUAAAUUAAGUCAAUUCAUGGCUGCCCCUAAAGUGCCUCAUUUGCAAGCUGCUUACAGAAUUCUUAAGUAUUUGAAAAGGAGUCCAGGUCAAGGUUUAUUUCUCUUUGCAGAAUCAGAAUUAAAGCUUAAAUCAAAUUAUGAUACUAACUGGGCAGCAUGCCUUGACACUAGGAGAUCUGUUUCUGGUUUUUGCAUUUUCCUUGGUGAUUCUUUGAUUUCUUGGAAAAGUAAAAAACAGCAUGUAGUAUCUAGAUCUUCUACAAAAUCCGAGUAUAGGGCCAUGGCCAUAGUAACAAGUGAGAUAGUUUGGCUCAUCUCAUUAUUCAAGACUUUUGGAUUAGAGCAUAACCAAGCAGCUUCCCUCUACUAUGACAGCAAGGUAGCUUUAUACACAACAACUAAUCCAGCGUAUCAUGAACGAACAAAGCAUAUAGAAGUUGAUUGUCAUUUCAUUCGAGAGAAGAUACAAGCUGGUAUAAUUAAAGCAUUCCAUGUUCCCUUAAGACAUCAAGUUGCUGACUUCUUUACUAAAGCACUUGGGCACAAAUAG